CGAAAAAUUUUUAUUUAUCUCGUUUCCUUUUUUUUUUUUUGUUUUUUUUUUAUUGUCUAGAGAGUAAAGAAAAACGUUGCUGGAUAAAGUUUACAUAAUCAUUCGAAAUGGACCAAUGAUUUCACCUCAGUGGACAAGUAUCAUUAUUUUUGAGGGAGAAGAAAGAAGAGUGACAAGAGGAAAAAAAUAGGAGAAAAAAAGGAGAACAAAAUUUUGGAAAAAAAGAAAAUUUCGAAAGGAAAAAGAGGAGAGUUUUCAAAGAUGGUAACGAAGAAUUCUUCAGAAGCAGGAACCUGAAAUGUAUACAACCAUUUGUACAAAUGCGUAGAAAAUAAAGCACUUCUAUAGGUAAGAAAGAAGAGAAGUGGAAAACAUCUGCUUUUUAUUAAUAUAUUGGAAAAUUAGGACAAGCUUUUUAGUGUGACUUGAUUAUUUUCAUGACAACGAUUAUUACGUGGUGGAUUUAGUGAAAAAGAGAUUAGAGAGAAAAUAGAAUAAAACAAAAUGCAGAACGGAAAUAGUGAUAAAAAAAUGUUUGAAUCAAGUGAAAAUGGUGGCACCAAGACAAAAAAUUUACCAAAUAGAAAAUCAAAAUUUUGGGCAUAUUUUUGGUGGUUAUUUGGAGGUGUUUUUGGAGCACAUCAUUUUUAUUUGGACAGGGAUGAUCAUGGUCUUAUUUAUCUUUUUACAUUGGGUGGAUAUUUUGGAGCCGGAUGGUUUAGGGAUUUAUUUAAAAUUCCAACAUACGUGGCUUGCGCCAACAAUGAUCGCACAUAUCUCGAUUGGUUCAAUUUUCAAGUCAGAACAAAUAAAAAGCCACCAUUUUCAACAGUGCGCUUUUUAGGAUCAUCUUGCGUUUCUUAUUUAUUUGGUCAAUUGCUCUAUUUGUCGAUUCCCGAGGAAGAAGUUAAUGGAAUAAAUUUUCGACAUCUUUUAAUUCUUGUACCGGGAGCAAUUGCCUUAGGUACGUGGCUCGUGGGAAAUGUUGGAAGAGAAAGAGGCUCCUUAUGGAUACCUUUGGUGGCAUCUUACAUUUGUUAUCCAACGCUCUACUAUAUUGGAGACGAAAGCACUUGGAUGGGUUUAAUGAUUUUGGCUUCAUAUUUGAGUUUUGAUUCAUUUUCAAAAGAAUGGCGUUUGAGGCCGAGAAAAAAGAAAUCAUUACGUGUAAGAAUGGCAAUUUUAACUGUCGCAAUUCUCAUUUACUCAACGCUAUGGGCCAGUUACUUUUAUUUCAAUGCCACAAUCGUUGACAAUGAUGGAGAGGAGAUAAAAUUGUCCGAUGCUGUUAAACAUUUUCUCACUUCUCCAAUUUGGCUAGAUCUUAAGUCGAGUUUGGAGGCUACUUGGCAAGAGGCACAAAAUCAAGGCUUCUGGGCGGUUUGGAGACAAUUGAUAGAAUUAUCGGAUCCAAGAGGCGAAAUAAAUGCCUACAAAAUUCUCGGACUAUCGCAGACAGCAUCACAGAGUGAAGUGACUUCGAAAUGGAGGGCCCUUUCGCGAGAGAAUCAUCCCGAUAAAAUUAAAGGAACCGACGAGGAACGACGAAUUGCUCAAGAGAAAUUUAUGGAAAUUCAACAAGCUUAUGAAAUUCUUUCGAGUGCAAAAAAUCGCCGGCAACGACGAAAUCGAAAAUCAGAAUUAUAGUUUUCUCUUUAUUUCCAAUUCCAAAAAAUAUUUUAUCGAUUUCAAUAUAUAUAUAUAUUUAUUAAUUCCUUUUGUUACCUGUGAAACUAGCCGUUAAGUGUCUAAUUUUAUUUUUCGCCACAAGUCAAUUUUUUAUUUAUUGUUAAGCAAAAAUAUAUUGAGGAUCACUCAGGAUCCUAAUAAUAAUAUUGGUUAAUAAAAAAUUAAAAGUAUGUAAA